CGCUAGCAUCCUCAUCUCGGCCACUCUCACCAAAAGCAAUGGCUCAACCGCCCUUCAUGUCAUCGCGCUCGCCCCCACCAUUGCAACACCCAAAGCCAACACACCCGGCAUACCCGCCCCCAGAGCCACCUCACACACCAGGACGCAGCUCGGCGUCCUCCCCUUACUCGAUCACGGGACGACUCAGCCAGGAUGACGGCGGCUACCAGCGAUACUCGUCGCCGCCCGUCGAUGUGAACCAGCAGCAACAACAGCACCAGCAGCAGCACCACGGUGCCGCCUCGACUUCGGCGUACAACCCCAGAGCUGGGAGCUCGGCGCACGCGCGUGGCUUCGGCGCAGCCGGCCCUAACGCUGCCAUGGGCUACAACAACAACAACAACUUUGGUGGCGGGUGGCCAGGCAUGAACGACGCGACGGCCCAGAUGGGCAUGCAGUUUGCCGGCAGCGCUGUGCAGGCUGGUCACGACUACGUCGAGAAGAACCUUCACCGGUACAUCCCCUUGCCGCUCGUCAAGACAUGCUUCUCGGUCACCAACUCGUAUGUGCUUCGCAAGCUCCGCCUGGUGCUUUUCCCCUGGAGGCAUAGGCCGUGGGGCCGCCAGAUCCGCCGGGCGGCGGAAGGUGGCAGCGUCGACGCGUGGGCUCCGCCAAGAGAUGACAUCAACGCGCCUGAUCUCUACAUCCCGACCAUGGCGCUGGUGACCUACACGCUGCUUGCGACGCUUGCCUCGGGCCUGCAGUCGCGCUUCGACCCGGAAGUCCUUGGCCUGUCGCUCUCCAAGGCCAUUGGUGUGGUAGUCACCGAGUUUGUCGUCAUCAAGCUCGGCUGCUACCUGCUGGAUGUUCGCGGUGGCGGCGCCAGCGGCGUCGAGCUCCUCGGCUACGGGGGAUACAAGUUUGUUGGCAUCAUUGCUACCAUCCUCGUGUCGUUCCUCAACGUCGGAUGGGCCUUCACUGGGGCAACGUUCUUCUACACGUUCUGCGCCAACGCGUUCUUCCUGCUACGAUCGCUCAAAUACGUCCUUCUUCCCGACCCGAGCACGUCUGCUACAGCAGCGACGCUGUCUCCUGGGCAGCGCAGCCGCCGUAUCCAGUUCCUGUUCGUCGUCGCGAUGGCACAGGCGCUGUGGAUGGGGCUCUUGAGCCUGGUGUAGAGCAGUGUAGAGGACAAGUCAUAUGCAUAGGCGGAGUGUGGACGAGACGAGAUGCAU